CGUCACGUGAGCAGCCGGCAGCGCGGGGUCAGAGGCCACAGCGGCGGCGCCUCGUCCCGGCGGCGGCUGCGCUGCCCCGCGCUGCCCGGGCCCAUGAGCGUGUCCCUGGUCGUCAUCCGCCUGGAGCUCGCCGAGCACUCGCCGCUGCCCGCGGGCUUCGCUUACAGCGCGGCGGGUCUCGAGAUGGCUGCGGAGAGCACCGGCGCGGCCCCGGCUGCCGUUCCCGCCUGCCUGCAGGGGAAGGGCCCCGGGGAGCGGGCGGCCAUCCUGCACCAGCACCUCGGCCGCCGGGAGAUGACCGAUGUCAUCAUCGAGACCAUCCAGCCGCGGGCAGAAACAAAAGCUGCUGGGGAAGGAAGAAAAUCUUCAGAGGCUGCAUCUGCUGAGGACAAAAACAAACACGAAGAGCAAAGCAAAGAGCGUGAAGCUGCUCCAGACUCUCCCUCCAAACAGCUCCCUGACCAGAUCUCCUUCUUCAGCGGGAACCCCUCGGUGGAGAUCGUUCAUGGCAUUAUGCACCUGUACAAAACAAACAAGAUGACCUCUCUGAAGGAGGAGGUGCGGCGCAGUGCCAUGCUCUGCAUCCUCACUGUCCCAGCCACCAUGACCAGCCACGACCUCAUGAAGUUUGUUGCCUCCUUCUACGAAGUCAUUGAGCACAUGAAGAUCAUCCGAGACUCCACCCCAAACCAGUACAUGGUGCUGAUAAAGUUCAGCUCACAGGCUGAUGCAGACAGCUUUUACAUGGCCUGCAACGGCCGCCAGUUCAACUCCAUCGAGGAGGAUGUUUGCCAGCUGGUCUAUGUGGAAAGGGCUGAAGUCUUCAAAUCAGAAGAUGGGGCCAGCCUGCCUGUGAUGGAUCUGACAGAGCUCCCCAAGUGCACAGUGUGCCUGGAGAGGAUGGAUGAGUCUGUGAACGGGAUCCUGACCACGCUGUGUAACCACAGCUUCCACAGCCAGUGUCUGCAGCGCUGGGAGGACACCACGUGCCCUGUCUGCAGAUACUGCCAAACACCUGAGCCAGUGGAAGAGAACAAGUGUUUUGAGUGUGGAGUUCAAGAAAACCUCUGGAUCUGUUUGAUCUGUGGGCACAUCGGCUGCGGCCGCUACGUGAGUCGCCACGCUUACAAGCACUUUGAGGAGACCCAGCACACCUAUGCCAUGCAGCUCACCAACCACAGAGUCUGGGACUAUGCUGGAGAUAACUACGUCCACCGGCUGGUUGCCAGUAAGACCGAUGGGAAGAUCGUUCAGUACGAGUGUGAGGGAGACAUGUGUCAGGAGGAGAAAAUUGAUGCCUUACAGUUAGAGUACUCCUACCUGCUCACCAGCCAGCUGGAGUCCCAGAGAAUCUACUGGGAAAACAAGAUUGUCCGAAUAGAAAAGGAUACUGCUGAGGAGAUUAACAACAUGAAGACCAAAUUUAAAGAGACCAUUGAGAAGUGUGACAGCCUGGAACAGAGGCUGAAUGACUUGCUCAAAGAAAAGCAGUCUGUGGAAAGGAAGUGCUCACAGCUGAAUAACAAAGUGGCCAAACUCAGCGGCGAGCUGAAGGAGGAGCAAGAGCUGAAUAAGUGUUUGCGGGCCAACCAAGCUCUGCUUCAGAACAAACUGAAGGAGGAGGAGAGAGUGUUGAAGGAAACCUGUGAGCAGAAGGACCUGCAGAUCUCUGAGAUCCAGGAGCAGCUGAGGGAUGUCAUGUUCUACUUAGAGACACAACAGAAAAUCAACCACCUCCCAGCUGAGACCCGGCAGGAGAUUCAGGAGGGACAGAUCAACAUCGCAGUGGCAUCUUCUGCCAGCUCCUCCACAGCAGGCACAGGCAAACCCUCUGCCAGGAGAGGCCGUGGCAAGAGGGGCAAAUGAGAGCAGCAAUGGCUUGCUUCUGUCCUGAAACUGGCCCUGCUGGGGUCCAGGUCACUAAAGCUCAGCUAGAAAUUGUCCUCAGAGCUGCCCAUAAAACCGGCUGCCAGUCACUGGAGGUGUCUGUGGUAUUUAAAAGCAUUUCACUGCACUCUUUAGCUAUUUUUAGGCAGAUCUUAAUGACCAUUUUGCCUUCCUACCUUUUCAAAGCCCCUCCUAUUGUGAGUUUGACUUUCCCCUGGGAGAGUGUCCUGCUUUGGGCUGGGGGGUGUGGGUGUGUGUGUGCGCCACAGAUCCUGUUCCCAGCAGGGAUGCUGGGGAGGAGGCUCUGCCCAGGGGGCAAAGGGCUGUGCUCCUGGGUAAAAGGAUGUUCAAGUCAGAGAUUAUUUAAUAAUAAACAGUGUAAAUUAGAUCCAUCUCCUUUCAGUAUGUGCAGUGCUGAGAGCUGCUGGGGCAGGAGAGCUGCACUUGGGAAACACAAAGGAGUGAGGUGUGGGGAAUGGAGCGUGGUGGCGGUGUGAGGAAUGCUGAGGCCUGAAGGCUUCUGUGUCAUUCAGGACAUUAAACGCUUUAAGGGA